AAUGACCCAUACUGUUUUGUGGAGUUUCAUGAGCAUCGUCAUGCAGCUGCAGCGCUGGCUGCUAUGAAUGGGCGGAAGAUAAUGGGAAGUCAAAGUGAAUUGGGCAACAACCCCCAGCAGUCAAAAGAAAGAUACAAGCAGUAGUACCGUUGUCAGCACACAGCGUUCACAAGGUAAUUGUAUCUUCUUAAACAUAAAAUGAACUCUCUUGAAAGGGUAUUCACUAACCACCUCAAGUUUUUAUUUGAUAUUGGUUGGGGGGAGCGGGGAGGGGAAGGAUGUAGUAUUUUUAUUUGUUUCUGGCAAUAUUUUUCCCCUUCUUCCCAUUGUUGACCAAGUGUGGCUUGUCCACGAAUUUGUUGCUAGUUCAAGCUCUCUGUCCCCCUUGGUAGCAGCUGAUGUCUUAGAAAUACUUUCACCACCUAAAGGGCAAGAUACCCUACUUCCCUGAGGUCACCUGGGCUUCAUACCCAGAUCUUCCAAGUGCUCAAGUUGCUCCUGAAACAGUGUUUCCGGAAGAGCAACCCAGUGUGUGCUUAAGGCCUGCAAAUAGGGGUAACUUUUCUUUCCAAAUCUACUUUGUCAAAGUUGAUAUAUGUGUCCAUUUUAAAGUGUUCUUCAGCAAGUUUGGUUUUUCAAAUGUUUCUUUUGAGAAUUGUCUUUAAAAAACAACAACAACAACCAAAAAGCUUCACCUAUGGGAUGGUUAUUUCUCUCCAGUGCUUUUUGUAAUGGUGCUGAUAUGAAGUGAAGGGAUCACUGUUUUCAUUCUGUUGCCUUCAGUCUUAGUUCACUUGCACAUGGAUUCACAUAAACUGAAUGGUGUAAUGUCUGGGCAACCAAAACUGUUGGCUUUUGAGAAAACUGUCAAAUACUUUAACAUCAAACUGUUGCAAUGCAAGGUAUUUCUUUGAUUGUUCUUCACAAAAUAGUGGGUAAACCAAGUAUUUCAUGUAGCUAGCCUCAAUAAAUUGCCUUAAAUAAGGCAAAUCUAGUCUUCAUAACUUGCAUUACCACUACUUAAUUGUAAUUUAUAAAGCCUAGAAACAGUAAUAAAAUGAAUAACAGUAAAUAAUUACUAUUAGAAUGAUAACUAAGUCUUACUUUUUUUACAGAAUGAAAGUUUUUAUAUGUUAAUAGUUUGUUUUCUAGACCCUUGUAAGGAUUGACUAUAAAUAGACAGAGACUGCCAGCUUCUGGGAGCUAUCAGUCUUUUUAGAAGACUCUUUCCUGUGUUGUUAACUUUUGAGUUAUUAUGUUUAAGACUGAUAGGAUUUUAUAGCAAGGACAGUAUUUUAUACUUGAUUAUAUAGCCUGUGCAUUAUUUUAAGAAUUCUUAAGAAUUUUAUCAAUUGUAGUAUUUAAGUUCUGAAGUUGUAUUUUUCUUUUCACUCCCCUCCUUCCUUUGUAAGAUCAUUUCCAUGUGUUUGUUGGUGACCUCAGUCCAGAAAUCACAACUGAAGACAUCAAAGCAGCUUUUGCACCAUUCGGAAGAAUUUCAGAUGCUCGCGUGGUAAAAGACAUGGCUACAGGGAAGUCUAAGGGAUACGGCUUUGUCUCCUUUUUCAACAAAUGGGAUGCAGAAAAUGCCAUUCAGCAGAUGGGUGGCCAGUGGCUUGGUGGAAGACAAAUCAGAACUAACUGGGCAACCCGAAAGCCUCCAGCUCCAAAGAGUACAUAUGAGUCAAACACCAAGCAGCUGUCGUACGAGGAGGUUGUCAGUCAGUCCAGCCCCAGCAACUGCACCGUGUACUGUGGAGGGGUGACGUCGGGACUGACAGAACAACUAAUGCGUCAGACUUUUUCUCCAUUUGGACAAAUAAUGGAAAUUCGAGUCUUCCCAGAUAAAGGAUAUUCAUUUGUUCGGUUCAAUUCCCAUGAAAGUGCAGCACAUGCGAUUGUUUCUGUUAAUGGUACCACCAUUGAAGGGCAUGUGGUGAAAUGCUAUUGGGGCAAAGAGACUCUUGAUAUGAUAAAUCCCGUGCAACAGCAGCAAAAUCAAAUUGGAUAUCCACCAGCAUAUGGCCAGUGGGGCCAGUGGUAUGGAAAUGCACAACAGAUUGGCCAGUAUGUGCCUAAUGGUUGGCAAGUACCUGCCUAUGGAAUGUAUGGCCAGCCGUGGAGCCAGCAGGGAUUCAAUCAGACCCAGUCUUCUGCACCAUGGAUGGGACCCAAUUACAGUGUGCCGCCACCUCAAGGCCAAAAUGGCAGCAUGCUUCCUAAUCAGCCUGCUGGGUAUCGAGUGGCAGGGUAUGAAACCCAGUGAGAAGAAACUACAAAAUGGAAGCCAGUGGCUUGACGCUACAGGGAGGGUAGGAAAGCUGUUGUUUACUUAAAGAUUUAUCAAAUCAGUCAGUACAAAUGCCAGAUAAUGAUGUAUUUAUUUAAAAGAUUCAUUUUUUAAUCAUGAAAUUACUUUUCAUCCACAUUGUUUUAAAAAGGAACAAGAUGGUGGAUGUCUGCCAAUUUUUGCCUUCAUUAUCUUUUUGAUAAAGUUUCUCAGAUCCUUGUUUCAAAGACAAAUGCAGGGAUUGCUGCCACUUUUUAAAAAUUAAGAGGCAGAAAAUUGCACAAUAUUGAACUUUCCACUAAAGUAGCGUGCAUUUUUAGUUUGCAUUCCUGAUAUGAUUUAAAACAUGUAAUAUAGAUGUAAAAAGAAAAGCCAAACUUGUGCAAAGUCUAGAAGUUCUUUAUAACUUUCAGCGUAUGCACAGUUCUGUGUUAGUUUUAAAGAGUAGGCAUUACGUGACCUAUACCAUCUCCACUGUUAGCCCUUUGGAAUUUUUAAAUGUAAAUUAUUAGUUUAUAUCAUUUUGUAUCUACAUUUUUUUCACAAAUUUGUCCUGCCUUAUAAAAAUUCUGUAACAUAUUCUUAAAUGAAAAAAAAAAAAUGAUGUUCACUUAGAUUGAAAACUUUUCUCAGAUGGACUGAUAACUGCAUUCAUCUUGUUUUUAUAUGAGAAGGUGCCUCAAGGAUUCCCAGUUGGAUUUGUUUAAAGGGAUUUUUAUCUUCUGUGAUAAACUUUGCCAUCUACCAGGAACUAUAAAAACAACAGCUUGUGACUAAGGAGACUGCAGUGUGCUAAGUCCUCACCCACAUCAGCUUCACGUGUCAGCAUCUCCGUUUACAUGUGGUGUUUUCUGAGAUAGUUCCUUCCGCAAGGCAUAGUUUGCAGUUAGCAAACUGUGUGUGUCAUUCCCUUCCUGAAGGUGUCAUGAAGAGUUGACGUGAGACGGGUUUACGUUUGCAUGUGAAUAUCACAUACGUACUUUGGUAGUCUUUGAUACAAACUCAUCUGUUCUUGUUUUUCAAGAAUCUUGAGACACAAAGUUGUAUGUAAAGGAAUAUAUUAAUUUGUGUUUUCUAGUUAGAUUUACUUAAAAAGGUAAAUCCAUUUUAAUAUGUACAAAUGAUAGCUGUGAAACUGUAGAAUAUUCCUCUGUCAGGUUUGGGGUUCAUUAAGAACUCCAAAAUUAGCCUGAAGGACCAGCCGGGCAAAACAUUUUUCAAAUAUUCAGAGGCCAAAAUAUGAACAAACAAAAAAAAAUAAGAAACCCUUAAAAUCCUACCUCCUUAAAUAGCCAUCAAGGAAGAGACUCCUCAGCACAGGCAUGACUUUGGUUCUUUGGUACCUGAUCUCUUGGAGCUUCCACAUUAUUUUUGAGGUUUGCUCUUUGAUGGCAUUGUUCUAGCCUUGGGAUUUCUAAUACAUUUCAGAGUCUCUUGGUUUGGUUUGGUUUCAGUGAUGACCACAACCUCCUCCUUGACAUCAGAGAGGAAGGAGCCCCUGUGAAUUGUGGGUUUUGAGACCUGCAGAGAGCUCCCAGCAUUUUACUUAGGCCUGUGGAAUCGGAAGCAUUUCCUGGCCUGUGUCUUCCAGGUAGGAGCACAUGACUCUAACUUGUUUUCUAAGCCAGUCCUCUUGUAAAGCAGAGCCCAGGAAGACAGCUCAAAAUGCGCGCUUCUCUGGAGCUCAGUUCUAUGCAGUCGUGCUGAUGUUUCAUUAAGUCACUGUGUAUUUUUAAGUACUAAUACAUUGAAAUUUGCUUUAUGGAAGAUGAAUAAAUUUUUUAAAUACUUGGAAAUUUUAUUUCUUUGUAAAGUUCUACAGAUCAGGACAGGCAAUAAAAGCAGCUUAAAUGAAAUACUUAAAAAAAUUUAAGAAAAAUAAAUCAUACACAUCAGGAAACUAUUUUGGCUAAUUUUUUUAGCUUUUUUUUCCCUUCUGACUUUUGUUUCUGUAUUAUCACCCUCAGUAUUUUUCUCUAUUAAAUAAUUUUACUUCCUUUGCAACUCAUAGACUGCAGGAUCAUUUGGGCACAAGUAAUUUAUUUUGUACAGAAGUAUAGCUUCUCUCUUCUUUCGACUCAGUACUGAGGACUUUUAUUAGCAGCAUGUUCUUAUUGCACAGAUCUUAAAAUUCAUGUUGAUUUGCUGUUGAGAAGGUGGUGGUGACCUGUUCCUGAUGAAAGACUGACAUUUUAGGAACAUGGCUGGCUUUGGUUUAAUUUCAAUGUUCAAUCAUUUAAAUCAAUUUUCAACCUAAAAAUCUUCAUCCUUGUAUAAGUAUCAGGUAAGGAAAUCAAGGUUUUUAAAGUGAACUUCUUUGCAAUAUGCAUUUGAUUUUACUCUCUGGUACUGUAAAGAACCUGAGUGACUCUCAGUGGGUCAUGGAGCCAGUAUUCUUUAUCCUGACUGUUUGGAUAUUAAAAUUCCUUUAUGUUUUCUAUGA